CAAUAUAUAAUACCGAACUAGCUCCACUUCUCCCGGCCAACACCCAAAUAGUGCUUGACCUGGUUUCGCUUACAAGUUAUAAGCUCCUUAUAUACCUUUUUCUCUCACACAUUCUCCCGUUGUCUCUCGAAAGUACACUGUCUAAAACUCUCUUGAAAUCUUGCUUCGGUAAUUUGCUUUUCAGAAGCCAACGAACUGGACAGAAAGAGCAGCAGUAAUGGAAGAUGGUGGAAGGAAUCAUGGAUAUAAGAAAGGUCUUUGGACUGCGGAGGAGGACAGAAUUCUGACCGAGUAUAUCAAAGUCCAUGGAAAAGGCAAGUGGAAUCGAGUCACCAAAGCUACAGGAUUGAAGAGGUGCGGGAAAAGCUGCAGAUUGAGGUGGAUGAACUAUCUGAGCCCCAGCGUGAAGCGUGGCGACUUCUCUGAGGAAGAAAACGAUCUCAUCAUUCGCCUCCACAACCUCCUCGGAAACAGGUGGUCUCUGAUAGCCGGACGGGUUCCGGGAAGAACCGACAACCAAGUGAAGAACCACUGGAAUUCUCAUUUGAGUAAGAAGCUCGGCCUCAUCAACAAAUACAAGGGUGUAAGGAGCAAAUCCAAGAAUAGAAGUAGAAGUCACAGCAGUAGUACUAGUACCUCGUCAGACCAACAAGCAGGUCCUGAAGAAAAGUCCAACUCUGCAGAGCUACAGCAGCAGCCACUACCUGAUUCAAAUAGCGGCGGCUGCGGUGAAGCAGCAGCGGCGGCUGGCCAUGGAUGUGAUGAUGAUCAUGAUCAGGAGAUGGUGAUCAACAGAGAUAGUGGUGUUGGGUUAAGUGGGAUGUGGGAGACGAUGAUGAUGGGUAUUAAUAACGAUUAUGACCGGGGCUCUUUUUGGUUUUACAGUAAUAAUGAGGAUGACCUUAAUCUCUACAACCCUAAUUAUUUCAUGGACCCUAGUGUAGAUUAUCACCAUCUUCAUGACCGUUCUUUUGAAAAUCUUGAGGACAUCGGCUUCUAG